AUGGAUCCUGAAGCGUUGAGUAGUGACAGUUUUGUUGCUGAAACUAUUGCAACUAGAAGACGGUCAAGUUCUGUUUCCGACGACUACUCAGUCCAACGCACAAAUGACGACGCGACUCAAUGCAAGUAUUAUGCUGUUCAGAAAGGAUAUUAUAAGGAUGAUUUUAUUGAACGCUUUGCAAACACCUCAUCGAAUAUGGCGGAGACACGUAGAUUUCCAGAAAUAUCGAUGGGAUAUUGGGCGCGAACAAAAAUUGUCGAAAAGUUCACUGUGGAAUAUUUGAGAAAAUAUUCCGGAAAUGCGCAAAUCGUCAGUUUGGGCUGCGGUUUUGAUACUCUUUUCUGGCGACUUGCGGCUAGUGGAGAAAAGUUAGCCAAGUUCGUUGAAGUGGACUUUUCUAGUGUUACUUCGAAGAAAAUACGUCAUAUAAUGAAGCCAGCAAAUGGACCAGAUCCAACAAAGCUGUUCACGGAAAAACCAGCGAUUGUUCAACAUUCUGACUUGCACGCUGGAAACUAUCAUUUGGUUGGAGCUGAUCUACGACAAUUAAACGAGUUUCAUGUAAAAUUGAACACAUGCAAUUUGGAUAAGUCUCUUCCAACUAUUUUCAUUGCUGAAUGUGUGCUUGUGUACAUGUCGGCUCAAAAUAGUGCAGACUUGCUGAAAUCUCUGAGCGAAGCUUUCAAAACGUGCGCAUUUGUGAAUUAUGAGCAAUUUCGAACUUCUGAUUCAUUUACUCGUGUAAUGGAGAAAAAUCUCGGCGACCGCGGAAUUCAUCUUCAUGGUCUUCAAAUGUGUGAAAGUGAUGAGAAACAAAUUUUAAGGUUCAAAACGGCGGGAUUUUCUGAAGUCGGUGUUUACGAUAUGAAUGUGGUCUUCAAGAAGCUGUUAGACCAAAGCGAAGUUGAGCGAAUUAAGAAAAUCGAGCUUCUUGAUGAAAUUGAGCUUCUUGAACAACUCCUCGCUCAUUAUUGCAAUAUCGAUGUUCCAAUGAAAUGGCUUCGACGGCGAUCGGUUCGCCAUAAACUUCUUUUAAUUUUAGCCUGUGUUAUUUUGUUCGCAAUCAACAAAUAUUACACACAACCCGUUGAACAAGAAUCGGCGGAAAUUGUUGUUGAAGAAACGAAGAAUGAGUGCGAAACACCUGAAAUUCCUGACAUUCAAACAAUCAAAUGCUCAGCGGACAAUGGAAAACCGAUGAGUUGUUGGAAAAAUGAUGAAGAUGUUUUUCUGCCGUUUUCCUACAUUCGAAAACGAUUUGAUAUGAGUGGAAAACUAAGCAAAGAUGCUACUUUAUUCGAAAUUUUCACAUCUUACUCAAAAAUGCGGGUUCCCGAUGAGAAAUACAACCCACUAGGCGUUUUUGGACAUUUUGCGACGUAUAAUGUUGAAAGGCGUGAACGCGUUCGAUGUAUUAGCGCGGAAACUGAUGUUCCAAUGUCUACUCAAUGGAAUCCGAAACCUUAUUAUUAUCCUAUCCAAAUCGCGCAAUAUGGUUUGCAGCAUUACAGUCGUAUCAAAUCCGGAAGCCGGAAAAUGUUAGAAGUAUUGAAGGGAGAAAAGAGUGUUGAAUGGAAAGGGGCUGCUGGAAUGCAUGAAACGACGGAACGCUUGUUCUACAAAGACGAAGAACUCGGGUUUUUAGUUAAUAUCAGUACUGGAGUCAUUUGCAUUUUAGACGCUAUUUCAAAUGCAGGAGCCUAUGUCUACCUAGAUAAGUCGUCGGAGUUGCAUGUGUUGAGUUUUGAAUGGAAACCAAUGAAUGCGAAUGCUUCGUUUACUGUCUUAGCUAAAAUGAGAGAUGGUGACCUUUUGGUUCUUCUUAAUUAUGUAAUGCAAUCAGGCAACGGUAAAUGUGUUUGGAAUGACGAUGUGAAGGAAAAAGACACGUUCCAAAGAAUGAGAAGGAAAGAUGAUCAAGUAUCUUAUUCGUACAGUUAUUCGGCAAAAGUGAACGAAUGGAAUAGCGUUACUCGUGAUAUCCUCGUCGACGUUUCUCGGGCUUUAUCAAGUGCUGAGAAUCGAAAAAAGAAUGACAAUAUUGUACUGCACCCAGAUUGGUUGGUCGAAAAUCAAGAUUCAACGGGAGGAUGGCCGGUCCCUGUUGAACGCUCUAUUGCCGAGAGAAAACUUGUUUUGCCGCCGGGUUGGCAUUCCGCUAUGGCCCAAGGCCAUGGUCUCUCGGUGCUCACACGAGCAUAUAAACUAUUUGACAAGGAAAAAUAUUUGGAUGCCGCGAUUCGUGGCAUUGAUCUCUUUAAGAAGAAUAGUUCAGAUGGCGGAGUUGUAGCUCAUUUCUUCGACGUUCCCUGGUACGAGGAAUAUCCGACAACGCCAGGAUCGUUUGUUCUCAAUGGAUUCAUGUAUUCACUUAUUGGACUGUAUGAUAUGUCACAAUUGACGGUGCCAAAUGCGAAUUCAACCGUUUCUGAAGCAAUCUCGCAAAGCGGAGAAUUGUAUCGAACAGGAAUCGGUUCUCUUCGGAAAUUGCUACCGUUGUUUGACACCGGUAGCGGCACGAUUUAUGAUCUACGCCACGUCGGACUAGCAACUGCGCCGAAUUUGGCCAGAUGGGAUUAUCAUGCGGUUCAUGUUUACUUACUUAAAUGGAUUGCGAAUAUUGAAAAUGACGAGUACUUCGGAAAAACGGCGGAUCGAUGGAUCGAUUAUGCGUAUGGAAGAAAAGCAAAACAUAAUUAG